CGCCUGCUCCAGGGGACUGGAUUUUCAUGGGCUAACGGCAAGUUGAGGGUUUCCAGCCAUGAACCGCUUCAAUGGACUCUGCAAGGUGUGCUCGGAGCGGAGAUACAGGCAGAUCACGAUCCCUCGAGGGAGUGAUGGGUUUGGCUUCACCAUCUGCUGUGACUCCCCUGUCCGUGUGCAGGCAGUGGACUCGGGUGGCCCAGCAGAAAAGGCAGGUCUGCAGCAACUUGACACAGUGCUGCAGCUGAAUGAGCAGCCUGUGGAGCACUGGAAGUGUGUAGAGCUGGCACAUGAAAUCCGGAACUGUCCCACUGAAAUCAUCCUGCUGGUGUGGCGGCUGGUGCCCCAGGUGAGGUCGGGACACGAAGGCAUGAUCCGCAGGUCAUCCUGCAAGUCUGCCUUCGACCUCCAGUCACCACCCAACAAGCGGGAGAAGAACAGCACCGUGCCCCCGCGGCCUGAGCAGCGCCGGAGCUGCCACGUCCUCUACGAUGGGAGCGACGGGCUGGUGCUGAACAGCUGGGAGAGGUACACGGAGCUCGGCAAGCGGGGCCAGAGCACCAUGCCAGCCCUGUCCCGGGUGCCUUCUGCUGCAGACCACAACUACAUCAUCUUAGCCCCUCUGAACCCCGGCAGCCAGCUGCUGAGACCUGUCUAUCAAGAGAACAACGCGACUGUGGGAAAUGCAUGUAAAGGGAAAUCACACACAGGCUCUGGGAGAAAAUCCAGGCUCAUGAAGACUGUACAGACAAUGAAGAACUACGGGAACUACCAGAACUGCACCAUUGUGAGGCCGCAUAUCCCGCACUCCAGCUACGGCACCUACGUGACGCUGGCUCCCAAAGUGCUGGUGUUCCCCAUCUUUGUGCAGCCCCUAGAUCUUUGUAACCCAGCCCGGACUCUGCUGCUGUCAGAGGAGCUACUGCUUCAUGAGAGCAGGACCAGGACCAUACAGGUGACUCUCUUUGUCUACUCUGACCUGCUGCUUUUCACCAAGGAGGACGAGCCUGGGCGCUGCAAUGUGCUGAGGAACCCUCUCUACCUGCAAAGUGUCAAGCUCCAGGAGGGUUCAGAAGAUCGGAAAUUCUGCAUCCUUUACCUUGCAGAGAAGUCGGAGUGCUUAUUAAGUUUGGAGGCUUACUCCCAGGAGCAGAAGAAGAGGAUCUGCUGGUGUCUGGCUGAGAACAUCACCAAGCAGCAACAUCCAGCAUCAGCUCCUACGGAGAACAAGAUGCUGGAGACAGACGCUGAGAAGCCGGGGCAGGUGCACCCAGAGGACAGGAAGGCAGCAGCAGGUGAUGCUUCUCCAUCCACAGAGCCCACUCUUGGAGCCACCCAGGAUCCUCUCCUGCUGGCAAAGCAGCCGGUGGCUACCAAGACAGGAGAGGAGCAGCCCAGCACCCUGCCAGCCUUUGUCAUCCCCGAGCUGCGGCUCGACAGCACCUUCAGCCAGAGCGCAGCGGGCAUGGUGGGCAGCACCACGGAUGAUGAGGAUGAGGAUGAAGAGGAGGAUGAGGAAGAUGAGGAGGAGGAGGAUGAGGAGGAGGACGGGGAUGAGCAGUACUUGGAGAGGAACGAGGUGAAGCGCAGCAGCAUGAUUGAGACAUCGGGUUGUCAGCCUGUCUACACGCUGAGCGUGCAGAGCUCCCUGCGGCGCCGCACCCACAGUGAGGGCAGCCUGCUGCAGGAGGCCAAGAGCCACUGCUUCACCUCCGACACCACCCUCAACUGCUUGGACAGCCAGGACACCAAGGGCCACUGGGCCCUGCCCUCCCCCAGGACCCUCAAGAAAGAGCUCACCAAGAAUGGCGGCUCCAUCCACCAGCUCACGCUGCUGUUCUCAGGCCACAGAAAGCUGAGCAGAGCUGACCCUGAAUGCAGCUGUGACGAAGGGGAUGAGACCUCCCGCAAGAAAUGGAGCAGGAACCUGUAA